CUAUGGUAUUUUAACUUGCGACAGUUUUACGGUAAAUACAAUUUACGGCAAAGAGGUCCGCGUGUGUGGAUCAUAUGGCGGUCUGACCGUACGGUGGAUUGGUCUGUUGCUGGUGAAGACGUUGAACUCAGCAUAUUUAUCACAGGAAAGUGACUGGAUAAAGAUUGGUGAUGUCAUUCCGGGGAGGUGGUGGUCGAGGCGGCAGGAGCUGGGGAUUUAACAGGGGCGGUGGAAGAGGCGGGUUUGGUGGUCGUGGAGGUGGUGGUGGAUUCCGAGGUGGCAGCCGUGGUGGCUUUAACAAACAGCAGGAUUAUGGUCCCCCAGAAUAUGUUGUCGCUCUUGGGGAGUUUAUGCAUCCCUGUGAAGAUGACAUUGUGUGCAAAUGCAUUACAGAGGAAUGCAAAGUGCCAUAUUUCAAUGCACCAGUGUACCUGGAGAACAAAGAGCAGAUUGGCAAAGUGGAUGAAAUCUUUGGCCAGCUUCGAGAUUUUUAUUUUUCUGUAAAACUCUCAGAAAAUAUGAAGGCCUCUUCAUUCAAGAAACUUCAAAAGUUCUACAUUGACCCCAUGAAGCUUCUCCCCCUACAAAGGUUCCUACCACGCCCGCCUGGGGAGAAAGGCCCACCCAGGGGAAGCAGAGGAGGUGGCCGAGGAGGUAGCCGAGGAGGUGGUCGUGGAGGUGGUUUCCGUGGUGGUAGAGGGAGCGGUUUUGGAGGUGGGCGAGGUGGAUUUGGAAGUGGCCGAGGAGGAGGAUUCCGUGGAGGAAGAGGUGGAGCUGGUCGUGGUUUCAGAGGCGGAAGGUGAGGAGUCUGGUUGCAGGAGUCAUUGGGUAUUCUUUGCCUGAAUCAUGUCUUUCAAGAGAUGAGACUGAAGAAUCCACUUGGGGGCUGGACCCGUCAUGAUAAAUGAAUCCUUUCCCAUUUAAUACCUUCACCAAAUAUAUUUUAUUUUUAUAUUUACCUUAAACAUCUAAGGUUUGGAAAGGGACACCUUAUCACUACCCCCCCCCCCCCCCCCAAGCACUGGCUCUGUCACCAGCAAUAAUGUAAUAUUAAAUGCUUGCAUUUUUGUCUCAUGAUUAUUGGAUUUUUAGGAGUUAUUGGAUUACAUUAUUCUGCUUAGUCUCAGAACUACAGUAAACUGGGUUAUAUUUUACACUUUUAAACUGUUUUUAAAAAAGAAAAGUUUAAUGACAUUUAAAAUGAACGUUAUGAAGCUAUGUAGGAUUUCGUUUUCAAAUACAAACUGGACAAAAUCUAUGAUUAUCA